ACAACAGGAUCAAAAGUAUCUCCAAGCAGGCAUUCUCAGGACUCUACUCACUAAGAAGACUAUUUCUCAGUCAGAAUCGGAUUACGUUGUUGAAGGCUGGCAUUUUCGGAGACCUUUCGAACCUGGAGUGGCUGAUUAUUGAUGAAAAUAGAAUAGCAUCUCUGAGACAGAAAUCGUUUGAGGGGCUGAAAUCGUUAUUUUUCCUGUCUUUGCUGAACAAUUCCCUAGAAUCCAUCCCCAAGAAAUCUGUCUGCCAGGAAAUGCCUAGAUUAAACUGGCUAGAACUGGAGGGGAACAGGAUAUCAUCUUUGUGGGUUUCCAGCUUUCAAAACUGCACCACUCUGACAGUAUUGGCUCUUCGAAAAAACAGAAUACAAACCAUUGAGGAGGGAAUAUUUUGUGGAAUGCCAAACCUGAUAGACCUGGAUGUAUCUGUAAACAAAAUUGAGGAGUUUUCCCCAACUAUAUUUACAAAUCUUCAAAACCUUAAACAGUUGAACAUCUCAAAUAACCCUCUGACUCAUAUCUAUGAGGAUCAGUUUGACAUGUUUGUCAAUUUGCAAUCUCUGAGUAUAGAAGAUGUCGACAUACCAAACAUCAGUAUUCAGAUGUUUCGCUCUCUUAGCAACUUGUCCCAUAUUUAUUUUAAGAAAUUUGAAUACUGUGGCUACUCUCCUAAUGUGCGAAGUUGCAAGCCAAACACUGAUGGAAUUUCAACAUUUGAAAAUCUUCUUGCGAACAUCAUCCUUCGCGUUUUUGUGUGGGUGGUGGCCUUCAUCAUCUGCUUUGGCAACAUCUCUGUGAUCUGCCUGAGGUCUUGCAUUGCAUCUGAAAAUCAGCACCACACCAUGGCCAUCAUAUCACUGUGCUGCGCUGACUGCCUGAUGGGAGUCUACCUGUUCUUCAUCGGUGCAUUCGACAUCAAAUACUGUGGAGAGUACAACAGACACGCUCAGCUGUGGAUGGAGAGCCUCCAGUGCCAGUUGAUUGGCUGUCUGGCCAUGCUGUCCACUGAGGUGUCAGUCAUGCUUCUGACCUACAUGACUCUGGAGAAGUACCUGUGCAUUGUGUUCCCCUUCCACAACUACAGAGCCGGACGGAAACAGACACUCUGCUACCUCAUCUUCAUCUGGGUCCUGGGUUUUAUAAUCGGCGUCAUUCCCUUCUGGGACAAGCAGACGUUUGGGAAUUACUACGGCAGGAAUGGAGUGUGUUUUCCACUUCACUCAGACGAGAUGGAGAAACCAGGUGCCCGGUGCUACUCAACUGGAAUAUUUCUGGGCUUGAAUCUCUUUGCAUUCGUCAUAAUUGUCUUCUCCUACACCAGCAUGUUUUAUUCUGUACAGAAAACAGCCAAGACAGCAAGACAGUUCGUCUACAACAAGGAGGUCUCUAUAGCCAAGAGGUUUUUCUUCAUCGUUUUCACAGAUGCCAUGUGUUGGACACCUAUAUUCCUCCUAAAGAUCCUCUCUCUUUUACAAGUGGAAAUAGCAGGAACGAUCGUUCUAUGGGUGGUGAUCUUCAUCCUGCCCAUCAAUAGUGCCCUAAACCCCAUCCUGUACACCAUCACCACCAGCUCCUUCCAGGAGAGACUGAAACUCUGCCUGAAGGCCAAGUGCAAACAGACUGGGCUCAGGGAAACUUCACAAAAAGUAUUUGAAGUCUACCAGAACCCCAGCCCUCCUCCUUAACAAAAAGGACCCUCUCAGUCAGGGAGCUGGUCAACCCUCCUGGAGAGCUACUGCCCUCCCAGAACAGCCUCAAU